GUUCGAAACGAGACUCGGUGCCUUGGCGGCACUGCUGGCCCGCGGCUGCUUCGUUGUAGUCCGUGUCGUGGGCCUCUCGGGGGCUCAUACAUGCACACGAUCUGCGACCUGAGCUUCGCGGAUCGAAGGAGGCGUAGAUGUCACAGCUGAGGAGGAAGGAGUGGCGACGUCGUCGAGCAGGAGCAGAAGCAGGAGAAGGUGCUCCUGUUGAUUCUGGGUCUACAGCUUGAGCAGCCGCAGCAGCUGCUUCCGGCGUUGUGUGUUGACGUCCAUGCAGUGACAUCGACCGAAUUCUGUGCUUAAAAGCUCGCCAAGUGCGCAUUAUCUUUCAAUGGUUCUUCCGUGAGAGACUUCGCCUUCUCCGAUUCUAAGAGCCCAGUGCACCGAGAUUGCAGACACGACGCGACCCGACCCUGAUCAGCCCUGCCCUCUUCCGCCUCCGCCACCUCCUCCUCGAUCUUUGGAGGAGUUGCCGUGCCAUAAGUUGGAAUUAGGCGGAAUCUUCUCUUGGGGCGGUGAAGUGUAGUGUCGGUGGGUCGUCUGCGCGUCAUUCCGGAGGCUAGUUCUAUGUAAUAAUUUACGGCUUUUGUGGAUCUCCCCGGACGCAGGACCAAGGGGCAGAUGUUGUUUGAGGUGUCCUGCAUUUCGACAUAUUAGUCGUCGUUUAGAAGAUCGGCUCCCUAGAAUUUGAAGACCCACCGGUCUGCUUCCGCUGAUUGGCUUGCCUCCCCUCGAUCGCUCCUUAUGACCGCGUGCUACAACUGCCUUCUGCUCCGGUGAUUUGUGACUUGGAUUCGCACCCCCUUUUGUUAGGUUUGAAAAGUGCAGACAAGAGCGCAAUCAUGACUGCGGGAAAUGGUGCCUUAGUACAAGAUCAGAAGAUCGUUUCGGCUUCAAAUCCUAAGGCUUCCAAUCCUAAGACCGGCGUGAGUGACGCGAAGGGUAUGGGCGUGCAACCGGUGGAAGAGUUCUAUCAGCGUUACCAAAGCUUCAAGGAGAACAAGGCACCGGCGAUCGAGAAGGAAGAGAUUAAGAAGGUGUUUGACUUCUUCGAUGAAAACAAAGAUGGACUUAUCUCCAAGGAGGAUUUACGCCUAUUCAUGAGCAAGCUGGGCUUCAAUCCAACAGACGAUGAGAUUUCGUCCAUGGUUAGCUCAGUCGACAGUAAUGGAGAUGGAUCUGUGGACUUCGAUGAAUUCUCCUCUCUUUAUCAAACCAUAACCUCCUCCGAAGACUCAUCUGAGGGAUUGCGCCACUGCGAAGAGGAAGAUUUGAAAGAAGCUUUCAAUGUGUUUGACACCGAUAAGGAUGGUUUCAUCUCUCCCACUGAAUUGCAGGCCGUUCUGGUGAAUCUGGGAAUGAAAGAAGGCACCAGCUUAUCUAACUGCGAAAUGAUGAUAAAAAACGUAGAUGCUGACGGAAAUGGGCGAGUGGAUUUUACUGAGUUUAAGAAGCUCAUGAGUUCAGACUUCAUCCGAGGCUAAAGGACAUCAUCAUACUGUUCCUCAUUACAGUCUCAACUGCAGCAAGUUCAUAUACCGGUGUCACCUUGGUGGGAUUUCUAUAUUCGCUCAGUGUUCAGAAAACCUUUUACUUCAUGGAAGAAUAUGAUAGGAAUGUUGUUCCAGUCACAAUAUCCACUGUACCAGUACCUUUAAAUCGUGCAGAAAACACGUCAGUUCACCUCGAUGAAUUUGUCGACUAGUCCCGGUUUGAGGAUUGUGAUCGUUUCUGUCACCUAUGGUAGAGAGAGCGGCCGUGUAUUCUCUCACAGUCAACGUAGAAAGAUUUGAAUCGAGAUGAUUAUCAUCGGCCGAAAGGAUUUGUAAGGUGACUCCGACUAUUUGAUUCAAUUUCAGGUUUGAAGUUCAAGGCCGAGCAGCCAAAUAUUUGUCA